AGCAUAGGAAGGUUUUAUAUGGAAAAGUGCCCAGUGAGGAAGAGGCAGCGCCUUGCAGGGCCUCUUGGUCCCGCAGAGGCCUCUGGGUGUGAGCCACCUGUAGUUCACAGCGUUGCCCGAGGAAGCAGAAACAGACCUCCCUGAAUGCUGAUGCUACUGUUUUGAUGGGAAAAAAUGUCAACAGGCGAGUAGCAGACAACAAAGCUUCGGAAAAAGAAAUUGUGACGUGUGUUCUGGGCAGGGUUUGAGGUUUUGGAACCCUCUCUAAAAGGGACAGCCAGCACCCUGCUGCAUUUCCUAAUCGUGAGUUGGCUUGAACUGGUCACGAUGCAGAAGCUCCUCACCUGCAGUGGGCUUGUCCUGGCGCUUGGCCUCAUCCUCGCUUUGGAUUCUUCAGUCCAAGGUUAUCCUAUGCGGAGAGCCAGGUACCAGUGGGUACGCUGCCGUCCAGACAGUAAUUCGGCCAACUGCAUUGAUGAGAAGGGACCCGUGUUCAACCUGCUUCCGGGGGACUCCAACAGGAUCCUCCCUCCGAGGACUGACCCUUUUUUGACGGGACCGCAGAGGCUGAAUGAUGCCUUCCCUCUUUCUGAGGACUUCUCUGGAUCAGGCUCCGGCUCCGACUUGGGCUCAGGAUCCGGAAGUGGCUCUGGAAGCAGCCUUCUGACGGAAGUGGAGUGGGAAUACCAGCCUGCGCAGGAGGAUGGCGUUUUCUAUCACAACUCCGAGUCCCUCGAGAGGAAUCUGCCCUCGGCUAGUCAGGACUUGGGUCACGGUAGAUCGGAAGACGAUUUUAUUAUGUAAGAGACAGGGUUCCCUCCCACCUUGACACCAGCCAGUGCAGCCAGGAUACUUUGUGUAUUGUGGUUAAACGAUUAAUCUUGGGACAGCGAGUUUUCUAGAAAUUUUAAAACAUUUGUGAAAGAAAUUUAAAUUUUUUCACCUUUCUCCCUAAUGAAUUCUUAGAGGAAAAUACCCUAUUUUUCUGGAAAAUACUUGUAUCUCUUUUGGUGUGAUAUACAACCUACAUCAUUAUGAAAUUAGCUAGAUUCCCACGUCUAUGAAAUUGCUUUAAAUAAAAAAUUAUACCCUUUUUGAAAAAUUCAGUUGACAAAGCAAAUUGAUCAGCAGUAUCUCAUGCCUAACUCUUCAGGAACCUGACGGUGAAUGUGAGUUACAGGUAUGCUCAUUUUCUUCCACAAAGAAAACCCCAAGAAGAUGAAACAGUGAGUUCAUGAAGGGAGUGUUUGGCCCAGUUUACAGCGCAAAGUGUGUUACUAUCGUGCCAACACUGGAUGGGUUUGCAGAGUGUGUGGGUAUUGCCUGCCUAUCAUCAUGUGUGCUGACAGCUAGAAUCUUAAGACCCAAGCUGAAGUCCAGCUGUUCUCCCAGUACCCCACACUGCUUUGCUCUUCUCCCUGGAUAUCUGUGCGCCUUCACGUGUUCCUCUAUUAAACAGAAGCAUAACCAAA